GGCGGUGGCGGUGGCGGAGACGCGUUUCGGCGGAGUCCGCCGGCCGACCUGCAGGUUCCAAUGGCCGAGGCGGCGCAGGCUCAGUUGAAUCCAUCAUCGCAGGGCCUGGUGAUGUUUGAGGAUGUGGCUGUGUAUUUCUCCCAGGAGGAGUGGGGUCUCCUUAGUGUGACCCAGAAGAGCCUAUACCGUGAUGUGAUGCUGGAGAAUUUUGCACUCAUUAGCUCCCUGGGUUUUCUGUGUAGAAUAGAGAAUGAGAAAACUCCUCCCAAGCAAGUGAAGAGCUGCAGACUUCACCUCUCAGAGAACCUUUUCAUGUGUGGAGAAACUGAGGAUAUCUUAGGUCUCAUCCAAAACCAAGACACCUAUAGCAAUAGAAAGCCAAACAGGAGCACUGAGCAUGGGGCAGCCUUCCCACCCAGAUCUAGCCAUGGUCAGCAGCAGGGAGCCCAUGCUGCUCGGAAGCCCUUCAAAUGCAGUGACUGCGGGAAGGUCUUCCUGAAGGCCUUUACUCUCCUUCACCACCUGAUAACUCACUCUGGAGAGAGAACCUUUAAUUGCCCAACAGGCAGAAGUGCCUUCAAGGAGAAAUCAACUCAUAUUAAUCACCAAAAAAUUCACAAUGUAGAAAUAUCUCAUGUGUGCAACGAGUGUGGCAAGGCCUUCAGUUACCCAUCUAAACUGAGGAAGCACCAGAAGGUUCACACGGGCAUAAAACCUUUCAAGUGUAGUGAAUGUGGGAAAACUUUCAACCGCAAAGAUGCUCUUGUUCUGCACCAGAGGAUUCACACUGGAGAAAGGCCUUAUGAGUGCAGCAAAUGUGGGAAAGCCUUCAGUGUUCUGUCUACCCUCAUUCGGCACCGGAAAGUUCAUAUUGGAGAAAGGCCCUAUGAGUGCAUGGAAUGUGGCAAGUUCUUUAAAUAUAAUAAUAGUUUCAUUCUUCACCAGAGAGUUCACACUGGAGAAAGACCUUUUGAGUGCAAGCAAUGUGGGAAAACCUACGUGACCCGUUCUGGCCUCUAUCAGCACUGGAAAGUUCACACUGGAGAACGGCCCUAUGAGUGCAGCCUAUGUGGGAAAACCUUCACUACCAGGUCCUACCGCAACCGGCACCAGCAAUUCCACACUGAAGAGAGGUCCUAUGAAUGUACAGAAUGUGGGAAAGCCUUCAAACAUAGUUCUACCCUUCUUCAGCACAAGAAAGUUCACACUGGAGAGAGGCCUUAAGAGUUCAGGGCAUGUGGGAAAGCCAUUAACCACUAGGACCUUGUUCAUCACAGGUCUCAUUCCAGAAAGGAGAUUGAGGAGAGUAGCCUCUCUGAAAGGGCCAUCUGAAAGAAGCUAAACCUUGUUCAUCCCAACAUGUACCCUGGGAAGAGUCCCUGUGUGUGUCAGAUGUGUGGGAAGCUUUCAGGAGAUACGUACUCUGACCUGCCCAGGGCUGUUGGCAGUGUUGUGUCACUACCAGUUUGUGACAUAGGCCAUCCCACCUCUCCCACUGGUAGGUCCCCACAGUGUGCAUCUGUCAGCCCAGCAAAUUCAGGGAUGGAGAGAAUUAUGAAUGGUGGAACCCCUAACAGGCCUCAUUCUCUCCUUCCCUAUCCCUGAUUGGUUUAGGUGUGGACAUGACCCAGCUCUGGCCAAGAGGAGACAAGCCAGUGUCUGCUGGGGGAUUCCUGGGAAGGUUUACCAUUUUCAUGGACACUACACAUGGUACUUGUCAUGCCCCAGCAGACUGUCUCAUACUGCUCUGGACUGUGUGGUAGUAGUGAAGGCUUUACUAUUUAAGCUACCUAUAAUAUUGGUGGUUCUGAUCCCUGUGUGUGGAGGGAUUGAGAACCAUGAAUAGAGGGAAUGGCUUUUGUGUAGGUGGGUCCCUCACGUUUUUCUGCCUCAGUGGGUACAGCAAGAUGGCAGAGAACAGCUGUAGUAAAGGUUGGCCUAAUUUGCAUUGGUACGUGAGUCCUCCAGGGAAAGACUUGUGAUCUGGAUGUCAGGCUUGUUUGUGGGUCCAGAGCUCACCUUGGAGGAGGAACUUGGUGUGAGAUAUUCUGUGUGUCUAGGGACAGCAAAAGUUGGGUCUUUUGUUCCCAGGGAAUGUUUCAAAACCUCCAGCAAUGGUCAGAAGAAGGUGUUUUCAGAAUCAGCUCAGAAGCCAUGUCCUCUGAAAUCUAAAACGUAGGUAAGUUCUAGACUAUAAGACCUACACGGCCUGUUGAGCAGAGUAAGUAAGUGGGCACAGAAAUAGGGAGAGUAGGCCGGGCGCUGUGGCUCACGCCUGUAAUCCUAGCUCUUGGGAGGCCGAGGCGGGCGGAUUGCUCAA